UUUUAUAAUUUGUCUCGUGGUGUCGUGAUCAGUCGUGAUCGGCUUUUCAAUGUUUGGACAAAAUAUUGAGUCAAUAGGAGAUAAUUAAAUAUUUACAAUCGAAUAUGGGUUCUACAGACACAACAACUAAUGUUAAGAAACAAUUGAAUCAUAGCAACAAUGAAAUGUUUCAUGAAUACGGUCCGAAUUUGAAAAUCCUGCCAAGUAAUGAUCAAGUGAAAGAAUUACAAACGAUUUUACGCGAUAAAAACACAACAAGAAGUGAUUUUAAGUUUUAUGCUGAUCGUUUAAUCAGACUUGUUAUAGAAGAAAGCUUAAAUCAAUUGCCAUUCACGAAAAUUGUUAUUACUACACCGACCGGGGCUAGUUAUAAUGGUUUAAAAUAUCAAAAAGGAAAUUGUGGUGUGUCGAUAGUGAGAAGUGGUGAAGCUAUGGAGCAAGGUCUAAGAGAUUGUUGCCGAAGUAUAAGAAUUGGAAAAAUAUUAGUUGAAAGUGAUGUAGAUACUCAUGAAGCCAAGGUCGUUUAUGCUAAAUUUCCAGAUGAUAUUGCUGAUCGUAAAGUAUUAUUAAUGUAUCCAAUCAUGAGUACUGGAAAUACUGUGAUAAAAGCAAUAGCUGUUUUAAAAGAGCAUAAUGUAUUAGAAGAAAAUAUCAUUCUCUCAAAUUUAUUUUGUACGCCACCUGCUGCCAAAACUCUAGUCAGUGUUUUUCCUAAGAUGAAGAUUUUAACAUCGGAAAUUCACAAUGUUGCACCAAAUCAUUUUGGACAGAAAUAUUUUGGUACAGACUGAAUUUAGUAAUCUGUAAUUUCAUUAUAUAUAUAUAUAUUUGUAAAAAAUCUAUAAUCAUUGGAAAACCUGAUCGUUAACUUUUUUUUUGAAAGUAAAUCGAAUCUUGUAUAUCUGUAACGCACAUUUUUGUUGUUAUAUAUUCAAAAAUUAAUUUUUUGUAUUAUAUGCUAUUUAAAUCUAUCACAUUAUUAUUUUGAGUAUUUACAUUAUUAAAAAACUUUAUUAUGCAGGAUUUUUAUAGAGUUAUUAGAAAUGAUUAUGAAAAAUAAAAAGCACGUUAAAAUCAAAUUAUUGUACCAUAUACACAACACAUUUAGCGUGAUGAAAUAAAUUUAUAAUAAAAAUGGAAUUACAACGAUGACGUAUUUACAUCUCUGUCAUAAGCAAACCUGCUCAUGAUGAAAAGGUCCACUAUAAUAAAGUUACUAUCAAGAAUAUGCACUAAUGUUUAAAAUUUUCACCAUCGACAGUUCAAAAUAGUUCAUAAGCUCUCAAUUACCGAUGAUCACGAUUUAAAAUGUUUAUGUUUAUUCUUGGUUGCGAUUUUAUUGUAGUAAACUUUAUUUCGAGAGAGUUUUAACCAUAGAAGAUAUUUUAUUGGAAAGGUAAUUUUUAGGUAGACCUGAUGCCGCAAAUUUGGAUUGAGUUAAAUUUUAAUUGUGGUAGGUUCGCUUAUCGCAGAGUUAUAAAUGCACCUCAACUUUUAUAUGUUAAAUUAACGAUUUUAGUAAUCAUUAUAUUGAAUUAUAGUAAUUACCCUGCUUAAAAAAAUUCGAUAAAUUCUUAUAGCUAUAUGUAUAAGCCCUAUAUUUAACUAUAGCACUUGUCAUAGAACUUAUUCAUUCUUGUACAAUCUUUAUGGUAAUUCAUGAGAAUUUAUUGGAUUGUAUGAGAUUUUCUAAACAGGGUAAUUUAUGAAUUGUAUUAUUUUUAAAUUUAUUAAAACUUAUAAGUAAUGUUUUAAAACUCAAAAUAACACGGAGACCAAUAAUUUCGUAUGAUAUAUAUGAUUUCAUUCUUUCAUUAUUCAUAUGAUUCAUAUGAAAACAAUUAAAUUAUGUAUUCAGUAACUACUUCACUAACGAUGAACUAAUCUCGUUCGAAUGUAGCAAGUUGUGUAAUAGCGUUUUUAUUUGCCAUGCAAAUAAAUGAUAAUUCUGUGAAAUGAAAAUUUUCAUUCGAUAAACUAAGUCUCAUAAGGAGAAAAAAUUUUCAUCUCAAUUAUUUUCGUCAUUAAAACUACUUUUUGAUUUCGAGUAUAUUAGAAAUUAUUUUUAUUAAUUUCAACUACUGAUCGAAUUUGAGUUAAGAUAAAUAUUUAGUAUUCAACAAUCAAUUAAUUUUUGUUUUUUUAUCAUAUAACCCAUUUAAAAAAAAAAACAAUAGACUUUCAUAGCUGUAUUAUAAAUAUAAAGCUCAUAAAAUUUUCCAUACAACUUAUUUAUUUUCAUAAAAUCUAUGAUAGUUUAUGAGAAUCUAUGAUUUUAUGAGACCUCUCGAGCAGGGUAGUUUAACUUCAUUUCUUUGUACAAAAUCUUAUUUUCUUAAUAAAUAAUUAAUUAAUUGUUAUAAUACUAAGAGU